GCUGUCAGUUCACGAUUCAAGUGUAGAAGAUCAGGAAAAUGGGGUCCAGGAACUUCUGAAUCUGGAUUCACCAUUCUCCUUUGAUGACUGAUUAUUGGAACCUCAGAAGAGAAGGGGAUGAAUGUCAAUUUGUCAUGACUCAUGUGCUGCUUGACUGCUUCUGUUCUUCAAAUCUGGUUGCUGCCUUGCUGGUGCCUUUGAGAGUUUGGCUUACUGCCUUUGAGACUUGAGAGUUUGAGUUUGAGUGUGCUUUAUUUGUUCCAAAUUUGAACAAUGGAUUGGUGUGUGGCUUACUGCCUUUGAGAGU